UGCGCCCGCGGCAUGGCGGCCUCAGGGAUGCCCCUAGCCUGCGACAUCCUCAUCGUCUACAACACGGACGCCGAGGAAUGGUGCCAGUAUCUGCAGGACCUUUUCCUGGCCAGCCGGCAAGUCCGCAGCCAAAAGAUGCUGACCUACGAGCUGGGCCCCGACGCCUCCUUCUCGGCCGAGGACCUGCGCGUGUUCCAGGGCGCGCGCUGCGUGCUGCUGCUGCUGUCUGCGGGGCUGCUCCCCGCGCUGUCCCGGCCCGGCCUGCUGCCCGCGCUGCAGCGAGCCUUCCAGAGCCCGCAGCGCCUCGUGCGGCUGCUCUGCGGCGUGCAGCCCGGCCGCGAGGACUUCCUGGCCUUCUUUCCCAACUGGGACCACUGGCAGGAGCUCACCUGUGACGACGAGCCCGAGACGUACCUGGCAGCAGUGAGGAAGGCCAUUUCUGAAGAUUCUGGCUGUGAUUCAGUAACCGACACGGAGCCUGAGGACGAGAAGGCCCUUCCAUCCUCGAAGCAGCCAAGCCUGCCGCCAGAGACCUCAUCUGGGAACCUAAUGGUGGUGCAGCCAGACCGCAUUCGCUGUGGGGCAGAAACCACUGUGUACAUCAUUGUGAGAUGCAAGCUGGAUGAGAAGGUGUCAACAGAAGCAGAAUUUGCUCCUGAGGAUUCGCCUUCCAUCAGGGUGGCAGCCAGGCUGGAGAACGAGUACACGGUUUCGGUGAAGGCGCCAGACCUCUCAUCUGGGAACGUUUGUCUGAAGAUCUAUUCCGGGGACUUAGUGAUAUGUGAGACCAUCAUCAGCUAUUACACUGACAUGGAGGAAAUUGGGAACUUACUGUCUAAUGCUGCAAGUCCCGUGGAGUUCAUGUGUCAGGCCUUUAAAAUUGUGCCCUACAACACGGAGACUCUUGACAAACUGCUAACAGAGUCCUUGAAGAACAACAUUCCUGCAAGUGGACUGCACCUCUUUGGAAUCAACCAGCUGGAAGAAGAAGAUAUGAUGACAAAUCAAAGGGAUGAAGAGCUGCCCACCUUAUUGCAUUUUGCUGCAAAGUAUGGCUUGAAGAACCUCACUGCCUUGUUGCUCACCUGUCCAGGAGCGCUGCAGGCAUACAGCGUGGCCAACAAGCACGGCCACUAUCCCAACACCAUUGCUGAAAAGCAUGGCUUCAGGGACCUGCGGCAGUUCAUCGAUGAGUAUGUGGAGACUGUGGACAUGCUGAAGAGUCACAUUAAGGAGGAGCUGAUGCACGGUGAGGAGGAUGAUGCUGUGUAUGAGUCCAUGGCCCACCUGUCCACAGACCUGCUCAUGAAGUGCUCCCUCCAGCCCGGCUGUGAUGAGGAGCUAUACGAGUCCAUGGCCGCCUUUGCCCCAGCGGCGACUGAAGACCUUUAUGUUGAAAUGCUUCAGGCCAGUACAGGUAACCCAGUCCCCGGAGAAGGUUUCUCUCGGCCCACAAAGGACUCUAUGAUCCGCAAAUUUUUAGAAGGCAACAGCAUGGAGACAACCAGUUUGAAGAGAGAGCCAUACAGUCUUGGUAGGAAAAACGAUGUCUAUCACACAGUAGAUGAGGAUGAGGCCUUUUCUGUGGACCUGGCUAACAGGCCUCCAGUCCCUGUACCCAGGCCAGAGGCCACUGUUCCUGGGCCUCUCCAGCUGUCCAGCAACGAGCCAUACAUUUCUAAAGUCUUUGCAGAAAGAAGUCAAGAGCGGUCUGGAAAUUUCUAUGUUUCCUCAGAGAGCAUCAGGAAAGAGCCACCUGUGAGGCCGUGGAGGGAUAGGCCCCAGUCGAGCAUCUAUGACCCGUUUGCUGGGAUGAAAACCCCAGGCCAGCGGCAGCUCAUUACCCUGCAGGAGCAGGUGAAGCUGGGCAUCGUCAACGUGGACGAGGCUGUGCUGCACUUCAAAGAGUGGCAGCUCCACCAGAAGAAGCGGUCCGAGUCCUUUCGCUUCCAGCAGGAAAAUCUUAAGAGGCUAAGAGACAGCAUCACCCGAAGACAGAGAGAGAAGCAAAAAUUUGGAAAGCAGACAGAUCUGGAGAUCACAGUCCCAAUCCGGCACUCGCAGCACCUGCCCGGGAAGGUGGAGUUUGGGGUGUAUGAGAGUGGCCCCAGGAAGAGUGUCUUCCCCCCAAGGGCAGAGCUAAGGCGAGGCGACUGGAAAACAGACAGUACCUCCAGCACAGCCAGCAGCAUGAGUAACCGAUCAAGCACACGGAGCCUCCUGAGUGUAAGCAGCGGGAUGGAGGGUGACAAUGAGGAUAACGAAGUCCCUGAAGUCAUCAGAAGUCGCAGUCCAGGUCCCACCCAAGUAGACGGAACACCUGUCAUGUCCUUUGAGAGGCCCCCCAGAGUGCCUCCUCGAGCUGCCUCUCAGAGGCCUCCAGCCCGGGAUGCCUUCCACCCUCCACCACCUGUUCCACCCAGAGGCCGCUGAUUCCAUGUCCUAAAUCCUGUCUACUUCGGGACUUUUAAGACUUGCAAUUUUCAGCUUGUUAGUAAGGUCGUCUUCAUGUUGAAUUUUCUGCAUGACUAUUGACCUUGAGACCCACUUUCGUUGCUGGCAUUGUUCUCACCCUGCUGGUUUGGGUGCUCCUUGAAGAAGAUAUUAAUGAGGCAUGAAGAAGUACAAAACUUUCUUCACAAUUGCCAAGUAUGUCUGUGUACGUACUUUUGUGCCAAAAGGAUGAAGACCUAACCGAGAUACCUAUCUGUAAUUUCUUAUAGCAGAAACCUAACAAGAUUGGUCAGAGAUGGACUCUACAAGUGACUGUACUGUGGUACACUUCUACUAGGCCUUGUGGAUUUGGAACUCCAGACUGAGUUUCAGAAGUGACUAUGAUAUAAAAUGUACAGUAUUCAAGUAAGAAGAUAAAUGACCUAAUUUUAAAAUAAUUCUUCCACAUUUUGUAUGUUCUGUUUAAGUGCUGGGGCUGGUUACAUGCAAAACAUUGAGAAAGACUUUAGAAGUAUAUUAAACCAAACCUCUCUCAUGAGAAGGCUAGUCUGGAGAUCCCCAGAAGUACAGAACCAAAAGUCCUCAUCUGGUUACAAUCUGGGCCUACUGAUUCUAUGACAUCACACUUUCCAUUUCCCUUACAAAAUACUCAGAUGAAGCAAUACAUCCAUAUCUGACCACUGGCCUUCCAGAAGUAUCCCUCUUCAAUAUCUCCCAGGUAUGAGACUAUCACAUACUUUUUUUUUUUAGUUUGAACAUUUAUAUUUCACUAAGGUAUGAAGCUAUGUUGCCAGGGAACCACCAAAAAUGAUCAGAACCAGAAAUUUAGGAUCCCAGGGACCCCAUUUAUUGCUCUGUGGUUUUUAUAGGUCUUAGUUCUGGCUACAAAGAGGGAGAAAGAUCCUUGGCUUUUCAAACUCCCCGGAAGUAUAUGAGGAAGAAAGACCCUAAAACAGAGAUACUCACCUGUUUUCUCGUAGACUCACAACCACCACCAAGCUUGGCAAAUCUGUUUGUGCAGAGAAUGUGGAACUUCAACAUCAUGAAUUUUGAAUUCCCGUCACAUAAAUCGACCUUCAAAUCAUAGAUCCUUAAUGAUGCUUUAAACAUGAACUAAAAUUAAUAC